AAAAAAGCUAACAAACAAACAAAACGAUAAAUAAAUAAUAGAAGAAGAAGAAGAAGAAAGACUCAACUCUCUCAACUCCUCCUUUGGACUCAUCACUCUCAUUCAUUUUUGAACCCUAAAUCUCAACUCACACACACUCACAUCUCUCUCUCUCUGUCUUUUGCUCUCAUUUUCGUUUUCAAUGGAGGAUCCCGGAUCCGAUGGAGAGGUUGGGAUCGGAGCCGGAUUCGUCGAUCAAGGUCGACAGCGACCUGAGCAUGGAAAUCGACCACCCGCCGCCGCUCCGCGAGAACGUCGCCACGGCCGAGGACUGGAGGAGGGCGCUCGGCAGGGUCGUCCCCGCCGUCGUCGUCCUCCGCACCAACGCCUAUCGCGCUUUCGACACCGAGUCCGCCGGCGCCAGCUACGCCACCGGCUUCGUCGUCGACAAGCGCCGCGGCAUCGUUCUUACUAACCGACACGUCGUCAAGCCCGGACCUGUGGUUGCAGAGGCUAUGUUUGUUAACCGUGAAGAAGUUCCGGUGCAUCCUAUAUAUAGAGAUCCUUGAGGGUCCUGAUUAAAUGUUCUAUGUGCACAAGGAGUGGUAAGACCAAAGAUCUUUUGUUGUUGCAUUGUGACAUUGCCCAUGAAUUGUUGACUUAUACCUGGUUAUGCAUUUGGGUGUCCCUGCCAGCUGUCAACAUCGUAAUAUUCCUUAUCCUAUUGUAACCAUCUCUCCCAUAUAAGUGUAAUGAAUAGUCUAAGCGCUGAGAUUCUUGAUUUUAUA